UAAGCUCUUCUACAUAUAGAUAUAUAUUAAGAGAUGGUGGAAGGUACUGCUUUUGUUUCUGGUCAUGGCGGGAUCAGCCAUAGCUGGACAAACCUUCGAAGCUUCGGCUUACAAGUACUCCUCGGCCGAUGGUUCAUGUUCUUCGCUUCGUUAUUGAUUAUGUCAGUCGCCGGGGGAGCCCACGUCUUCGGACUUUACUCCACAGACAUCAAAACGACACUGGGAUACAGCCAAACGACACUCAAUCUCCUAAGCUUCUUCAAAGACUUGGGUGGCAACGUGGGCAUCUUAUCAGGUCUCAUCAACGAGGUCAUGCCUCCAUGGGUGGUGCUCUUCCUUGGAGUAGUCACAAACUUCUUUGGCUACUUCAUGAUAUGGCUCGCCGUCACGAGCCGUAUCUCGAAGCCAGACGUGUGGCAGAUGUGUCUCUACAUUAGUCUCGGAGCAAACUCGCAGAGCUUUUCGAACACCGGAGCUCUGGUGCCGUGUCUUAGGAACUUCCCGGAGGGUAGAGGCAGUGUUUUGGGGUUGUUAAAGGGCUAUGCUGGGCUCAGUGGAGCUAUCAUAACACAACUUUACCAUGCUUUCUAUGGUGACGAUUCUAAGUCUCUUAUCUUGCUCAUUGCUUGGCUACCUGCUGCGGUUUCCUUCGUUUUUCUUCGAAUUAUUCGGCUCAUAAAAAUCCUUCCACGGCCAAAUGAGCUCAAAAUCAUCUACAAUCUUCUUUAUAUAUCUCUUGGCUUUGCUGGGUUUCUCAUGGUUUUGAUUAUAAUACAGAACAGAGUACUGUUUUCGAGUACCGAAUACGGUGUUAGCUCUUCUGUUGUUCUUUUCUUACUAUUUCUUCCUUUGGGAAUUGUCAUUAAAGAAGAGUUCAAUCUUUGGAAGACCAAAACACUACAACCUCUACAAGAUGUAGUUAUAACACAAAAUCCAGUACUUACCACUGAUCAAACACCUCAGAAGAAACCUGAAAUAAAAGAUGAUAAGGUGGUUUCUAGUUGCUUUAGAAACGUGUUCAACCCGCCAGAGAGAGGUGAAGACUACACCAUUUUGCAAGCACUUUUCAGCGUUGACAUGAUCAUCUUGUUCGUGGUGACACUCUGUGGUCUGGGCGGGACGUUGACGGUGAUCGACAAUCUUGGACAGAUUGGAAACUCGUUGGGAUAUCAAAGGCAAAGCAUCACCACUUUUAUCUCACUCCUAAGCAUAUGGAACUAUCUAGGACGAGUUACGGCUGGUUUUGCUUCAGAAAUAUUCUUGACAAAGUACAAGUGCCCUCGUCCCUUAAUGCUCACUAUCGUUCUCCUUUUCGCUUGUGCUGGCCAUCUCUUAAUAGCCUUUGGUAUCCCAAACUCUCUAUACUUCGCUUCUGUGAUUAUAGGGUUCUGUUUUGGUGCUCAAUGGCCAUUGAUAUACGCCAUCAUAUCAGAGCUAUUUGGGCUUAAAUAUUAUGCUACUUUAUACAAUUUUGGUAGCUUGGCUAGCCCAGUUGGCUCGUAUAUUCUUAACGUUCAAGUCGCUGGUCGUUUAUAUGAUAAAGAGGGUCAAAAACAGCUUGAAGCUCGGGGACUUGUGAGAAAACCAGGACAAGAUUUGUCUUGUAAUGGUGUUCUUUGUUAUAGAAUGGCGUUUAUUCUAAUAGCUGCAGCUACUUUGUUUGGAAGCUUGGUUUCUACCAUUUUGGUCAUCAGAACAAGAAAAUUUUAUCAAGGUGAUAUCUAUAAGAAGUUUAGGCAAGAGGUCCAGAAGAGCACAUCUGCAGAUAAUAAUAAUAAUAAUAAUAAUGAUGAUGAUGAUGAUCAUGAUGAUCAUUCUAAUAUGGGCAAGCCUGCAAAAUGAUGAUGUUCAUGCCCUCGAGUUUGCUACAGAGGUAUUUUAGCAAAACAAAAAAUAACUCCGGUCUGUUUUAGCCAAAUUAAAACGUUUACCUUGAGUUUUUCGAAAUUAUGAAAUCUUCCGACUAAUAAUUUUAUUAUAACCAAAUAUAUCCCUUUGUCAAAAUAUUACAUGAAUGCAUUUGAUGCACCUUAUGAUACGGUAUUGUAUUAUAUUAAAUUGUUAAAUCUAAAUCUAAAAUUGAAAUGAAUGUUUAGUAUUAUGAAUGCAUAUCGAAAGAAAAUUAUGAAAUUUCAUUAAGAAACAUUUAGGCUCUUCUAGGUUACAUAAACGCUCACUGG